AUGCACUUCAACAACUACAUUGAUCGUUGUCAUACACGACCAUUUGACGAGAUAGUGAUAUACUUUGGAUGGUUGGUCUGCAGAUCGCAUCUUACUGCUCCUCAUCUGCCCGAGCGUGUCAUGCGGAAGUUCGACUACACUCAGACCAUUCCCAGACAGCCUGUCGUCUCUUCUCAUCCUGCCUUGACACGUAGACAUAUAAAGGAUAUGUUCGAUGAUUAUGAGAGUCAUUUGGUACCAGAGAAGACACGAGAUACCAUAUCUGAGAGUGACUAUAGCUACGUCGAAGGGUACAUCAGAUGGUUAUUCAGGGUGUCACAUGCAUACAUGGUGCACGCUGCUCUAGAAGAUUCACCGAUACUAGCUCAUCAGGAGAUACUAGAGGAGGAACAAGAUCAACUAGAUCAUAAUGCUGAUGUCUUGCCUAUGUGUUAUCGCAUAUUAGAGAUUGCGCGGGCAGACAUUGAUGAUGAUGUCUUCCCUGAUGGGUUUGGUGUCAGGCGAGUCCUACAUGACAUCAUGGCGGAGGCACAUGAGGCAUUGUUGUACCGGAGACAUCACCAAAGUAUAGGGGGAUUGAUGACAGGGGAGGUAGAUGAGAGGUUGUCAGACACACAUUAG